AUGAGGUUUAUGUGUAUAAAGGCUGAUGGGAAGCAAAAUAUUGUGAAGUAUGGGGAGAUGGAAGGAAGCAAUGUAGAUGCUAGCGGUGUAUUGCUGGUGGUGGCAGAGGGGCUGAUGCGGUGGUGGGUGUGCAACGAUGGGUUGAGUAGGGGCGGGGUUGGCUUACAAGGAGAGUGUUGGAGUUGCAGAGAAGGGAGGUGGGCAACGACAGUGGAGGGUGCUAGAGUUGUAGAGAAGGGCUUGUUCACUGAUUCAUUGGCAGCGGCUGCAAGGAGUGGUGAUUAUGAUUAUCAUCAAUAUUGUGAUAAGCCAGACAUAACCUCGGUUUGCUUUGCUGAUGAUUUUAAGUCUUCCAUUUUCUUCGCCAAUUGUUUGGUUGAGAUCAAGUCAUUUUUUCAAGCCACAACCGGGUUUGUGGAGGGGUCUCUACCGAUUAAGUAUCUUGGUGUUCCCCUGACCUCUUGUGCACUUAAAGCUAAUGACUUCUCUGAGUUGAUUACUAAAGUGGAGGGCAAGCUGACUUCUUGGCAGGCUAGAUCUCUAUCCUUUGCAGGAAGAUUGGUGUUGAUUAAGUCUGUUGUGAUGGGCUGUAUUUCGUAUUGGUUGAAUGUUUUUCGUCUUCCUCAAUUUACUGUUGAUCUAUUGGAAAGGAUGAUUGUGAGGUAUCUUUGGAAAGGGAACUCUUCUACUGGGCGACAUAAGGUUGCUUGGUCUGUGGUUUGUCGUCCUAAGCAGGAAGGUGGUCUGGGGUUGCGCUCUUUGAGAGAUGGGAACACGGCUGCACUGAUGCGCUAUGUUUGGUCUAUUGCUUCAGAUGAGGGUACAUGUUGGGUUAAAUUUGUUAAAGAAAGAUGGCUCAAAAGGCACUCUAUAUGGUCCCUAUCCAUUCCUAUGCAGUGCUCUGGAACUUUUCGUGAGAUCUUGAAGACAAGGGAUGUGGCUGUAAGUUGUGUUCGAUAUUUGAUAACUAAUGGGGAGAGAACCUUAUUAUGGACAGACCCUUGGCUUCCAAAGGGACCUAUUUAUAAACCGGGUUUGUUACUUGCUGAGGCUGUUGGGCGAAGUACUUUUGACACGGUCAGUUUUAUAAGGGCUGAAGAUGAUCAAUGGGCUAGUCCUUAUCUUGAUACAGCCUUGCAAGAAAGGAGCAUUGAGAUCAGCCAGGUAAGGGUUCACAGAGGGCUUGGAGGUGACUUUGCUGUUUGGGCGCCAUCACCUAAUGGUAAGUUUUCGCUAAAGUCUGCCUGGAAUGUGAUUCAGAAACGUGGUGAUAGGGUUGAAUGGUGUAAUUUGAAGGAGGCGGAGACCAUUGACCAUCUCUUCUUUCAUUGUGACUUCUCGGUUGCAAUCUGGAGGAAGGUUCUGGGGUUAAACGGUUUUGAGAGGGAUCCUUUGGCUACAUGGAAGGAGGAGAUCCAGUGGUUGACGUUGCACUUUGGGGGGAACACUCUUGUUUCAAGAGUUAGAAAGUUUUCCUUUGUGGCGACGGUUUAUCGUAUUUGGCUGGAGCAAAAUACUAGAGUUCAUCAACAAGUGUCUUCAACCUCAGAUUCGGUAUUGCACCAAAUUGUCAUGGACACAAGGCUGCGUUUCUCUGAGGUUGAUGGUGGUGUGAUGGACAGCAGUAGCAACAGAGAUUUCUUAGCAGGUAUUGUACACCAUGUAGAAGAGGUUGAUUUUAGUAUUUCUGGUCUUCCUGAAGCACUUUCCACUCAUAUUAGGAAUGAUGCUUCGGGUAUGACUUAUUACAGGUUGUAA